AUGAAGAUUGCAAUGAUCAGUGAUUUCUUUGCGCCUCGUCUGGGGGGUGUUGAGAAUCAUAUACUGAACUUAAGCAAGGAGUUGCAUAAGCUAGGGCACACAAUCAUUAUUAUAACGAAUUCCACAUCCGAUGUCUGCGGGAUACAUUAUGUAAGCGGAUUUAAGACGUACUACUUGAAUUUGUUCUCUUUGUUCAGUGGGAGUAUUUUUCCUACAAUUAUAUGCAGUGCUGGCCCUAUUGUAAGCAUACUCCUGGAAGAGAAGGUGGAUAUAGUGCACGGCCACCAAUGCAGCACACUUCCCAUUGAAGGCAUCCUGCACAGCAAAAUACUCGGAAUUCCCACGUGCUUCACAAACCACUCUCUUGUAAAAGUACAGUCACUUGGUGGAAUAGUCACUGAGACCAUGUUCCAAUUAGGAGUCAGAACUGCCGACAGAAUUAUAUGUGUCUCUGAGGCCUCAAAGGAAAACACAGCAGAGAGACUUGAUAUAAGCAGGAACAGAAUCACAGUUAUCCCGAAUGCAGUUACAGAAGAGUUCAAGCCAAAUGAGAUACAGGAAGAUGCAGACACCUACAGAAGAAGUAACCAUAAAAAAUGCAUGGAAAAGAAAGAGUGCACAGAAGAGGAAAUAGCGCAGGAGAAUAAUGUAAAUGUGCAGUGCCCAAUGAAGGAUGCUAUAAGCAGCCAGUAUGAUCUGGAUAAGUUUCACAGAAUAAUUCAAAUACGAAAGGAAUGUGGUUGGGUCUCUGGGGAGAUAGUUAUUGCAGUGGUGAGUCGGCUCACUCGCAGAAAAGGCGCUGACCUGCUGGCUUCCCUUCUUCCGUCCAUCUGCAAGAUAGAUGACCGCGUGAGAGUUUUAAUUGCAGGUGAUGGGGACAAGAAAGAACUUCUUGAGCACACCGUCGAGAAGCACAAGCUAAAGGAAAAAGUGAAAUUUCUUGGGGGGGUGCACCCGUCGAUUGUAAACAGUGUGCUAAACCAGUCAGACCUAUUCUUGAACACUUCACUCACAGACGCCUUCUGCAUCUCCAUAAUAGAAGCUGCUGCAUGCGGUCUGUACGUUGUGAGCACGGAUGUGGAUGGAAUAUCUGAAGUGCUUCCGAAGGACAUGGUGACUCUUGUCCCUCCUGUCUUUCACGGCAUCCUUCGGGGAAUAGAGUCUGCUCUCCCAAGGAUCCGCACGUACGACAAAGUAGUCUCCCAUAGAAGAGUGCACUCAAUGUAUAAAUGGUCUUUGGUUGCAUCAAAAACAGACCAAGUAUACAGAAGCAUUUUUCGCAGGAAAGAGACAGCAGCACUGCAGAGAGUGUGGGACAGCCUGCAAGAAAUGUAUUCUAGACAGUGCGCCAGAGUCUCUAUCAUUUUCAGUGGGCUUCUGUUGGUAAAUUAUGUGAUUAUUUUUACUUUGGUCUUCUUCUAUGAAAGUAGAAAAAGACACACGAAAGUUUAA